UCCAAAUUUUAAUUAAACUAAUCAUUUUUUUCUCUCAAUUAAUUGGGAUCCACUUUGUAAUUAUUUUUUUUAUUUUGUGAUAUUAAAGAUCAUAAAUAUCAUAUUAAAAAAAAUGAUGGAAAUCCUAAAUAUAAUAAAUUCUAUGGAUACAUAUAUCCUUUGUAGUGUGAAAAACUAUUCAAAGCAUCAAAUUAUGCUUGUGAUCUCUAUAAUUUAUUUGUUACAUUAAUUUGAUCUUAAUUAUAAUUCUAAUUAUAUUAAUUUUGUCUUUUAAUUUUUUACAAUAUUUUGAUUUGUUUCAAUUAAUAAUAUAUUUUAAGAAAUUAGAUAUAAAUUAAGAACAAAAUAAUUCACUAAAAAAGGAAUGAACUAUUUUAAAGUGGACGCCACCCUAGAAUGAACUAUCAAAAUAGAAUGAACUAAUUAACAAUUUAAUUCAAUUAUGAGUUGGUUUAUGAUAAGAAAAUAAUAUAUCUAAUUAUGUAUCUGAUGGCUUUAUAAUUAAUUUGUUCUAUGAUAUGUAAAAGGUAAAAACAAAAAUCAUCUAUCUCACUCUAGCCAUAUUUCAAUAAUUUAGAGCCUAUAUGGCAUAUCCACUUGUUGAGAUUGUUGUUGCUUUAUGUAUAGAAAUAUAUAAUUAUCUUUUCUUUACAUCUAAUGUUCAAUUAUGCUUAUCUACCAAAAAAAUGUUCAAUCAUGCUUUAUAGUUGGGCAAAAUGGACACUACAAAAAAACAGUUGACCAAACCAAGUACCGCAAAAGAAGGUAAUGAACUAUGAGAAACAAAAAAUGAAGACAAUUAAUAAAAAUCAUGAGAGAAUGAAUGCUCUAGGAGUGAAGAACAUAACAACUUGUUUGAAGGUUGCGGUUUAACAUAAGAAAUUGAGGAAAAUGACGAUGAUUAUCGACCGUCAAAAGGCAGUGACACUGAAUCCUAUGAUUCGUUUGAGCAUGAGGUACUAUACAUUUAUGCAUUGUGAAAUAUAUUCUUUCUUGUUACUUUCAAUUCAUACACACAUAAACAUAUAUAUCUUUGUAUAUGUAUUCAUAUUUUAUUAUGUUAUUCAGCUAUUAGAGAUACCAUCGAGAGCCCAUUCACAAUCUCAUCUUGAGGCAUUGACCCACGCAUCAGAAGAGGGGGAUACCUCUUCACGUCCUGAGGUGGCUAGCCAUCCACCACCACCUCUCAAUGUGGAGCCUCAACUUGAGGUGACUGCUGGUAAUACUAUUGAUGGGAUUGGGGUGGCAUUUUUGACGUGCAACAAUGAUGUAAUUUGCUUGAAUGCUCAUUUUUAUUUGAUAAGGAUACACAUACUUUGUGGAGUUGCAUUAGUUAUUGUUGGAUGUUUGGUGGAAUUGAACAAGUUAUAAUUUUUGGAUAUUUUGUGGAUAUUUCACUAUUUUAUUGUAUUAGGAUGAAAUUAUUUGUAAUGAUGAAUGGAUAUUUUCAUUUUGUUAAAUCGUAAAUAUGUUGAUAACA